AACUGUGGAAGAGACAAGAUGAGACAGACCAACCGAAACUAACAAGCCACCGAACAAUCGUGCUCGAUCAAUAUCUGUCACCCUUCACGCUGCCGAGGAUAUCGUGUUCGUUGCUUGCUGCGAGGAACAGCCUGAUGAGGCGGAUGUUGUCAUAAAGUUUUUGAAGAAGCAACCAGAGCAGACUGUGUUAAAGGACGGUCUGAAUUUGACCACAUUAUUUCUUGACGUGUUCUCUUCUUGUACGGUAGCUACUGUUUGUUGACGAUUCGAUUCUACAAUGGGUCGGUUUCGAAUGUGUGCGGAAGAGGAAGACUAUCCAGCUGAAACCAACUAUUUUGAUGCCAAACAUGUCUACAGUAGCAGUGACGACGACGCUGACAAUGACGACCCAAGGGGCUUUUGGGACAAAGCUUUGGUGCCAGUAACAGUGCUCCGUCCUCAGGAAGUGGAAACAGAGGAGGACGCCGAACAAGUCGAUGAACACUCAUUGGGUAGUUCACCCAUCUUCCCUCCUUUUGUUACCAUCAGACGAAAUAACAAUGACGAGAUUGCUGUGCAAGAAGAGGACGGUGCCCACCAAUACGAGCAACCUUCCAAACCACGCUUUCCUUGGUUCCGCAUUUUCUUAUUUGCACUCUUGGCUCACAUCGUGGCUGCCUAUGGACCUGCGUCUCCACCUCCCGAUGUAGGCAGCGAUUCAUGGGAAGAUUUCUGGGUGACACAGUUGAGAUUGCUGUGGCGCUCCGCCUCUUUGAUUCUUUAUGUUUCCAAGUAUUCUAUUUCGUGGAUCAGUGCCGCAGUCUACGAUGAUGCUCAAGCCACGUAUCAUCAAAUUCGAACCCAUCAAGAAGAAAAGGCUCGACUAGCGCUCUGGAGUAAUUGCACAUUGACUAUACCCGAGGAGUGGAAUUUGGAAGUUGAGCCAUCGUCAAAACGGAGAGUCAAUGGGCAAAAGCAACACCAAAACAGCAGCAGUGAUGACUUUUAUCCAAUUUUCGGACAACCGUGGGCUGUCAAGGACACAACCAAAGCAUUGGAUGCGUGGGCACAAUCAGCGCCCCUGCUGCUCUACUUUGCGGGUAGCGAAGGGGUUGGGAAACUGGAACUGGCAAAGCAAAUCUCUCUGCGAAUGUUUGGACAUUGCCUGGACGACGCCGAAGAUGAUUUCAGCUUUGAAGAUUUGGCCAACAAAAAGUCAGGCCCUGUCAUGAUGCUUCAGGGGCUAGACUUUGCCAUUCAUCAUGAGAGCAAUCAAGACACUACCAAGGAGAGUGGUGAAGAAUCCGGUAUUGACAACUAUGGGAAGACAGCAUCACAAAAGAUCAGGGCCAUCCGUGUCCAAAUGUAUGAAAGAAUCAUACGACACGCACAAGGGCACCCCGGUGGAAGCGUUAUCGUUGUGCAGCAUGCAGAAGAUAUGGCAGAUGGGUUUAUGGCAACCAUGGUGCAGGAUCUUACCAAUCCUUCCCGGCAUUUCACUGAUGGCACGACUAUGGGUGGACACGACACCUUGGUCUCGAGAUUGCAACUGGCUUGUCAGAAGACGGUCUUCAUAAUGACUUCUUCAGUUGGUUCAAAGACCGUUAGCAACAGCAUAUACGAGAAUGGAGGGCGCGCCUACGUUCCGCGCCUUGAGUUGGACCUGAUUCUCAUGCACAUAAUUGACGUGGAGUUUGGUGCUAUCAGCACUAGUACCUUGUAUGGUGUUGAACCGAGGCGAAAACUUAUGAACAUUGCGUCGCAAUUUCAUGCCGUGGCUCCUUUCUUUCCCUUGGAAUUCCCAACGUUAUCACAAAUACUGACGCUCAAGAUUUUUCAAUGGUCCCAAGAACAAUCAACAAAAGUGCCACCUCUGCGAGCCUCCGAACGACUCGUUGACGCCCUGCUUGACGACUCCCAUAUUGAAUACAAAACAAUCAUGUCAGGGACAACAACCAUCUUUACGUUUUCUGGUGCAGGAGCACAGUUCAUGCGUGAAGGAAAUCCAUGGAUGAGCGACUGGCAAGCUUCAGUAUGGCGAUGUUUCUGGAAGAAGAACAACUUUUGGUACGAGGAAGAAGACAACAACCCACAAGAUGAAGGCAUGAUUGCUGUUCUGGACUGCAAAAAGCGGGUUCGUCAGGCAAUGGUUAUGAUGUGUCCUGAAGCAGCUGUAGUCGGUCCAAAGCAAGACGUGCUAUCACAUCCCGUCGUGAUUGCAGAUCGGGCAGCCUGCAGUGAAGCUUGUCGCUUUGAGCUUUAG